CGGUGGCUGCUCCAGUUCAACACAUAAGGAAUGUGUUUGUGCAAGUCUGCUGUACUUUGCCCUGCCCCUUGCUCGGAAUAAAUCUCAAACUGUUCCAGGAAAAACAUUCAAGCAGGAAAUGAGUUUAGCCGAGUACUUUGGACACUAUUAUCAUGUGAAACUAAAGUUGAAACGCGAUGUUGAUGUUUUAAUGAAAAUUUUCAGUGUCCACACUGGAUCGAAGACAUAUAGCCAGAAUGGACCUUGUGAAACAUACAGGCGGCUGCCACUGUGGGGCUAUCAGAUUUGAAGUCUGGAGUUCCCCAGACCUCCAUGUUUUUCAUUGCAAUUGUAGUAUUUGCACUAAGAAGCAAAAUCACCAUUUCAUUGUCCCAAAAAAUCAGUUCAAGCUCCUACAGGGGUUGGAUAAUCUGUCCACAUACACGUUUAACACUCACGUUGCGAGACACACCUUUUGCAAGACUUGUGGAGUUCAAAGUUUCUACACUCCACGUUCCAACCCUGAUGGAUACGGUGUUGCUCCACACUGUCUGGAUCCAGGGACUGUGCACAGCGUCACUGUGGAGAAGUUUUGUGGGGAGAAGUGGGAAGAAAGCAUGCAAGCUCACAAAACCAUCAAAGACAUGUCUAAUCCUGAAGCAAACACACAGCACAAAUAACACGGCUGUAAUUUAAGAACCAACCUUUUUUUAAUCAGAUUCAUAAGACACGAACAGUAUUUUCAUGAUUCGUUGAAAUAACAAUAAAAGAAGCCCCAACACAGUGUUGUUUUGUACAGUGUUACGACGGAAACAAUAAAGUAGUCAGAAAGCUUU